AUGAAGUACGCUGCUGUUCUUACGGCUGUUGCCGCUCUCGCCACCAAGGCUGCUGCUGUCGGUGUCCAGGGAACCCCCGAAGGAUUUGCUUCUUCUGCCACUGGUGGUGGAGAUGCUACUCCUGUCUACCCCACCACUACCGAUGAGCUGGUCUCAUACCUUGGUGAUGACGAGGCCCGUGUCAUUGUUCUGACCCAGACCUUUGACUUCACCGACACUGAGGGUACCACUACUGCAACUGGUUGCGCUCCUUGGGGUACUGCCUCUGAUUGCCAGGUUGCUAUCAACCAGGAUGACUGGUGCACCAACUAUGAGCCUGAUGCUCCUAGCACUUCCGUGACCUACGACAAUGCUGGCUUGCUCGGUAUUACCGUCACUUCCAACAAGUCUUUGAUCGGUGAAGGCUCUACCGGUAUUAUCAAGGGCCGUGGUAUUCGCAUGGUCAGUGGUGCUGAGAACAUCAUCGUUCAAAACAUCGCUAUCACCGACAUUAACCCCAAGUACGUCUGGGGUGGUGAUGCCAUCACUCUCGACGAAGCUGAUCUUGUCUGGAUCGACCACGUCACUACCGCUCGUAUCGGUCGUCAGCACUACGUUCUGGGUACUGAGGCCGACAACCGCGUCUCAAUCACUAACAACUACAUCGAUGGUGAAUCCGACUACUCCGCCACUUGCGACGGUCACCACUACUGGAACGUCUACCUUGACGGCUCCAGCGACAAGGUUACAUUCAAGGGUAACUACCUUUACAAGACCAGUGGUCGUGCCCCCAAGGUCCAGGACAACACCUACCUGCACAUUGUCAACAACUAUUGGGAUGACAACUCCGGCCACGCUUUCGAGAUCGGUGAGGGUGGUUACGUCCUCGCUGAGGGUAACUACUUCAGCGAUGUUGACACCGUCCUUGAGACUGAUACCUUUGAGGGUGCUCUCUUCUCUUCCAGCAGCUCCUCUAGCACUUGCGAGUCUUACAUUGGUCGUGCUUGUGUUGCUAACGUCAAUGAGGGUGAUCUCUCUGGCUCCUCUACCACGGCUCUUGAGGCUUUCAACGGAGAUACUCUUGCUACCGCUUCCACUGCUAGCACUGACCCUGCUACCAGCGCUGGUCAGGGUAACCUGUAA